AUGCCGCCCUCCAGAAUUCGGCAGCACCCGCGGGGCACUACCUUGCCUCGGCGCGUUCUCCUGCCCGUCAUCGAGGCCCGACGGAGUGUCCGAUCCGAGGGCGCUCCGAUCCUGGAUCUUGGGCGGCAGUCGAGCUCAGGCCCCUGGGAAGGGCAGAGCACAGGUGGGCACCCAGACCAGGGGCAUCCAGUGGAGCCGCCCUGCCUCUCGCGUUCUGCCCCGUGGGCGCUUGCGUUGCUGCCUCUCCCGCACCGGCGCGCGGGCGUGGCUCAGAGGGCGCUGCUCCCCUCCGCCCUCGGUGGCGCGCUGGGGAGAGAUUACUGA